CGUCUCCGCCCCGGCGUCGCGUGCGUCUCGCGGCAGUAUGGCCGUCGUCCCGUAGCCGCUGCGGUGCCGUCGAGCUCCACACGUCUCCAAACGGGCAACAUGUCGACGGUGCUGCUGCUGAGGGGCUGUGCGCGCAGGCUGCCGGGCUGCUGCUACCACACACACACAGGCGUGUACGGGUACCGACCCAAACGGACCGACAGGGACCACAAGUUACAGAGCGACCGCAUCGCCGCGCUCAACCAAGAUCACGGCCUGGCCCGUCUGGUGGAGACGUACCGAGCACAUGGACACAAGGCAGCUAAAAUUAAUCCUCUACUACCCGAGGAGCCCGUGGCUGAGAGCGUCCCGGAGAUCGACAUGUUGACCGGUACCGUAGGAGGACGACUCAACACCUCAGGUCUGCGGCACUUUGGCAAAGCCGAGGCCUCCGCAGAAGAGGUCCAGGCCUACCUGGAACAGGUCUACUGCGGCCACUUGUCGGUGGAGACCAGCCAGCUGAGCAGCCUGGAGGAGAGGGAGUGGGUCGCCGACCGCUUCGAGGAGCUCGACCGGACGGGCUUCUCCCCUGAGGAGAGGAGGAAACUGGCCAAGAUCAUGCUGGAGUCUCAGGAGUUUGACCACUUCCUGGCGACCAAGUUUGCUACAGUGAAGCGGUACGGAGGCGAAGGGGCAGAGAGCAUGAUGGGUUUCUUCUAUGAGCUGUUCCACCAGUCGGCGCGCAGCGGCGUCACCGACGUCGUCAUCGGCAUGCCCCACAGAGGCCGACUCAACCUGCUGACGGGCCUCCUCAAGUUUCCACCAGAGCUCAUGUUUCGUAAGAUGCGAGGCCUCAGCGAGUUCCCCGAAACCUCGCCUGCCAUCGGUGACGUCCUGUCGCACCUCACUUCCUCAGUGGAGUUGGAUUUCGGAUCCGAGCGGCCGCUGCACGUGACCAUGCUGCCCAACCCGUCUCACCUCGAGGCCAUCAACCCCGUGGCCCAGGGCAAAGCGCGAGCCAGGCAGCAGCUCAGGAAGGAAGGGGACUACUCGCCAGAGGACGAUGCCCAGCCAGGGGACCAGGUCGUCUGCCUGCAGGUUCAUGGCGAUGGCUCCUUCACUGGUCAGGGGAUUGUGCCCGAAACUUUGACCCUCUCCAACCUGCCUCACUACAGAGUGGGUGGGAGCAUCCACCUCAUUGUGAACAACCAAGUGGGCUACACCACUCCGUCAGAGCGGGGCCGGUCGUCCUUGUACUGUAGCGACAUUGGUAAAAUGGUGAACUGUGCCGUGAUCCACGUCAAUGGAGAUUACGCGGAGGAGGUGCUGAGAGCCGCUCGCCUGGCGGUGGAGUACCAGAGGCGCUUCAGGAAGGACGUGAUCCUGGAUCUGAUCUGCUACCGUCAGUGGGGCCACAAUGAGCUGGAUGAGCCGUUCUUCACCAACCCGGCCAUGUACAAGAUCAUACGGUCCCGUAAGAGCAUCCCUGACUCCUACUCAGACCAGCUGAUCUCUGAGGGUCUGAUGACGGAAGCCGAGCGCGAUGACAUCAAAUCCAAAUAUUACGGCUCGCUCAACGACAAGCUGGCCAACAUGACCCUGUACAGCCCCCCGCCCACCAACCUGCAGGGCCGCUGGGGGGGCCUGGCGGAGCCCCAGGACAGCGUCACCACCUGGGACACGGGCGUUCCUGUUCCUCUGCUGCAGUUCGUUGGCGCCAAGUCUGUGGACAUCCCCGAACAGAUUCAGCUGCACAGCCAUCUUUUAAAAACCCACGUCCAGUCCCGGUUGCAGAAGUUGGAGGAAGGAACCAAACUGGACUGGUCCACAGCAGAGGCUCUGGCCUUUGGCUCUUUGCUCUCUCAAGGCUUUAAUAUUCGAAUCAGCGGACAGGAUGUUGGUAGAGGCACAUUCAGCCAGCGACACGCUAUGGUGGUGUGUCAGGACACCAACGACACGUACGUCCCUCUGAAUCACAUCAGCCCUGAGCAGACGGGCUUCCUGGAGGUGUGUAACAGCCCCUUGUCUGAGGAGGCGGUGCUCGGGUUUGAAUACGGUAUGAGCAUCGCGCAGCCCAAGCUUCUUCCCAUAUGGGAGGCUCAGUUUGGAGAUUUCUUCAACGGAGCCCAGAUCAUCUUUGAUACCUUUAUCUCUGGAGGUGAAGCCAAGUGGCUGCUACAGUGUGGGAUGGUGAUCCUGUUGCCUCACGGUUAUGAUGGAGCUGGACCCGAACACUCAUCCUGCCGCAUGGAGCGCUUCCUCCAGAUGUGUGACAGUAAAGAGGAGGGAGUGGACGGUGACAGGGUCAACAUGGCAGUGGUCAACCCCACCACACCUUCUCAGUAUUUCCACCUGCUGAGGCGACAGAUGAUCCGCAACUUCCGCAAACCUCUGAUUGUGGUUGGACCCAAGACGCUGCUGAGGUUUUCUGGGGCUGUGUCCAGUCUGACUGAACUGGCACCAGGAACGUCUUUCAGGCCAGUGUUGGGUGAUACUUCAGUCUCAGCAGAAAGGGUCCAGAAGGUGGUGCUGUGCUCUGGGAAGCAUUACUACGCUCUGCUCAAACAGAGGGAGGCCUCUGCAGCCAACCAGAACACAGCGCUGCUCCGUGUGGAGGAGCUGUGUCCGUUUCCAUUGGACGCUCUGCAGCAGGAGCUCAAAAAGUACCCGAACGCUAAAGAAUUUGUUUGGAGUCAGGAGGAGCCUCAAAACAUGGGCCCCUGGUCGUUUGUAGCUCCCAGGUUUGAGAAGCAGCUGGCCUGCAAACUCCGGUUAGUCAGCCGCCCGGCUCUGCCUGCUCCUGCUGUCGGUAUCGGGAUCCUCCACCAGCAACAACAGGAGGCCAUCCUCAGUGACACCUUCUCCUAGGUCUCACUAAGACUGGAAGCAAAAAAAAACAGUGCUCCCCUACGUACAGUCUGUGGUCUUCCCAUAGGGAGUGGCUGAAUUUCUAGGACCGUCAGUGUGGAUCUGCGGGUCUCAACAUGUUUGUUGGGGAUAGAAAACAAUAGAGAAAAGUGAUGCUGAUAAUUCUUUUUCUAGUCAAACACAAGCUUUAAUCAAGGUCCAAAAGCAAGGCCUGAAUCUCUGUCUUCCUUCUUCUGAUGCUUUUCCACCUUACUGUCAUUCAACAUAUAUUUUCUCUUUGUGGUUAAAGACACUAUGGCACAAAUAAAAAACCUUAUUUGGUUCAGAAUUGAGGCUUUACAGACGAUGUUUACAAUAGCAUUGUAUUAAAACGCUUGCAGCUGGGCUGAGUCAUGCAAGAUGUGCAAAUAACUGAUGUCAAAGCUCUGAAUGUAAAACAUUUCUCCCCUGAAGGAUACAGUCAGCUGACAAGUCUAACCUGUCAGAAAUGUCUGGGCACUAUGUUGAUGGUGAACUUUACCUGGAAUUAUCACUACAGUAAGGAGUAAAGGAGAUGAACUUAUCUCUGAUGGGACGUGUUGCGCUUCUGACUGAUGGCUUUGCCCGUUGGUCAUGUUGUGGUACAAAUUUUAGCCUGAGAAAUAUUUGUUAUUGCAGAGAAAUAUGUGUUAUUUUAAUUGUGGUUUCAUUGAAGACUAGAAUUUCACAAUGACUUUUAAGCACUAUUGUAAAUAAACCAAAUUUAAAUAUUGAAAUGGAAAUAUAUUGAAAUAAAUCUAUUUUCAAUUUUG